AUUUAUUUAUUUUAAAAAUGUCAACUGAUCAAGAUCAAUUUAGCUGGGCUGUAAAAAAUGGCGAUUUAAAAAAUGUUGAAGUCGCCGUCAAAGCUGAUCCAUCACUUGUUAAAAAAACUGAUGCAAAUGGUAGAAACCCAUGUCAUUGGGCUGCUGAUUAUAACCAAGCUGAAAUAUUAGAUUUUUUAAUUUCAAAAGGUGCUAAAUUCAACGAUGCUGAUGGUUAUGGUAUUACUCCAUUAUUAGCAGCUGUAUACGAAAAUCAUGUUCAAGCUGUUGAACUUUUACUCAAAAGAGGUGCCAAAAAAGACGCUAAAGGUCCAGAUGGUCAAACAGCUUAUGAAGCCGCCGAAAAAGAAGAAAUCAAAAAAUUAUUAAAAUAGAGAAAUAAUAAUAGUAUAAUAAUAAUAAUGAUAAUUCCAAAUUAAAAAAAAAAGAAAAAUAAAAUUAGAAACAAACAACUUCAAACCCUUGU